GGGCUCCAGGGCGGCGGACCAGCGCUGACCGACGACCGGGAUGCUGCGCGUGCGGUGUGUGCGUGGCGGGAGCCGCGGCGCUGAGGCCUUGCACUACCUCGGGUCUCGGCUUGGAAGAGCCUUGACGGGAUGGGUGCAGCGAACUUUCCAGAGCACCCAAGCCGCCCCGGCCUCCUGCCGGAAAUCCUGUACAGCUGAUGACAAGGCCACCGACCCUCUACCCAAGGACUGCCCCGUCUCAUCCUACAACGAGUGGGACCCUUUAGAGGAAGUGAUCGUGGGCAGAGCCGAAAAUGCCUGUGUGCCGCCCUUCACAGUGGAGGUGAAGGCCAACACCUAUGAAAAGUACUGGCCAUUUUACCAAAAGUAUGGAGGCCAAUAUUUUCCCAAAGAUCACUUGAAAAAGGCUAUUGCUGAAAUAGAAGAAAUGUGCAAUAUUUUAAAAAUGGAAGGAGUGAUCGUGAGGAGACCCGAUCCCAUUGACUGGUCGUUUCAGUAUAAAACUCCUGAUUUUGAGUCUACGGGUUUGUACAGCGCGAUGCCUCGAGACAUCCUUAUCGUUGUGGGGAACGAGAUCAUUGAGGCUCCCAUGGCGUGGCGCUCACGCUUCUUCGAGUACAGAGCGUACCGCUCGCUCAUUAAAGACUACUUCCACCGCGGGGCCAAGUGGACCACGGCUCCCAAGCCCAUGAUGGUGGAUGAGCUCUACGACAAGGAUUAUCCCAUCCACAAUGUGGAAGACAGACACAAACUGGCUGCUCAGGGAAAGUUUGUGACCACUGAGUUUGAGCCCUGCUUUGAUGCUGCUGACUUCAUUCGAGCCGGAAGAGAUAUUUUUGCACAGAGAAGCCAGGUGACAAAUUACCUGGGCAUUGAAUGGAUGCGUAGGCAUCUUGCUCCGGACUACAGAGUCCAUAUCAUUUCCUUUAAAGACCCCAACCCGAUGCACAUUGACGCCACCUUCAACAUCAUUGGGCCUGGACUUGUGCUUUCCAACCCUGACCGACCAUGUCACCAGAUUGAUCUUUUCAAGAAAGCAGGAUGGACCAUAGUGACUCCUCCAACACCGACCAUCCCUGAUGAUCACCCGCUCUGGAUGUCAUCCAAAUGGCUUUCCAUGAACGUCCUAAUGCUAGAUGAGAAGCGUGUCAUGGUGGACGCCAACGAAGUCCCAACUCAAAAGAUGUUUGAGAAACUGGGGAUCAGCACCAUUAAGGUCAGCAUCCGUCACGCCAAUUCCCUGGGAGGAGGCUUCCACUGCUGGACCUGCGACAUCCGCCGCCGAGGCUCGCUUCAGUCCUACUUGGACUGACAGGCGGGCGCCCCAGGGCUGGGUGUAGGGCUGGUCCCUGCGCCUGUUCUGCCCAGUGCGUGACCUGCAGUGCUUGGAACAAUCGUAUCCUUCACAGGGGUCUCAAACCUGGUUCACUUUCAUUCCUUUCCUUGGACACAAGGAAAAUAACUUCUGCUGUGCGUCUCUUUCUUCUCCUAAAGUCAUUUACUCUUUGGCUUCCAGUGUAAACGCUUGGUGAAUGUGUACCAAGACAAGAAUUAGUCACCCGAGUAGCUUGGCCACUAAUAUUUAACCAUCUACCUCUGUUUGUACUUCUCUUUCCAUAAGGCAGCUUGGAAUACUGGUUCUAAUCUUCGUUGUAUUUUUCCUUUUUAGUAAGCUUGUAAGAGUUUGUAUUACUUCAUUUUUUCUAAAGGAGAGGAAGACUUAGGAUUUACACAGCUUCUAAGUAAAACCAGAUAAUUUUCAUUUUCUAAUAAGGAAGUUGAGUAGUUUUUCUAAAAAAAAAAAAAUAAGCUAGAUGACUCAAACAUUCACAUGAGUUUUUCAUGAAUGUUUUUUAAUAUUUUCUUUUCAACGUUAGUGAAAUAUGCUACUAAAGCCACGUCAUAGAACUUACCUCAAUUCAGGAGAGCUAUUUGAAUCUGUUCCUCUUUUUCCAGAAAUUUACAGAAAUGUUUAGUGUAAUAGGAUAUAACUGUUAGUCCUGUUCCUAAAUUUUAAUGUUCAGCAUCUCAUAGUUACAUUACAUCUUCAGUAAUCUCAGAUUUGUUUACAGAUGUGCAACUUAUUUAAAGCACAGAGGUUAAAAGCAUUUGAAAAAAACUAAUAGAGGAAACUUGCGAAGUAAUUUUAAUGUUGGAUACUGUAUGUGCAUUUUUAUUCUAAUAAAUGUUUGCAUUCCAGAUUAUAUUUUAUCAGA